AAAUCCCGAGUGGACCUGGAGUCGGCUGCGCCGUUACGACUAUGGCCACCUCCUCGGUGUCCAAGGGCUGCUUUGUGUUUAAGCCAAACUACAAGAAGAGAAAGAUCUCUGUUCCAAUAGAGGACUAUUUUGAUACAAAGAAAAAUGCAUCCGAAGACAGUAAACUUCGGUUUGAAACUUACCAAUUGAUGUGGCAACAGAUGAAAUCUGAGACUGAGCGGCUACAAGAAGAAUUAAAUAAAAACCUGUUUGAUAGUCUAAUUGAGUUUCUGCAAAAAUCUCAUUGCGGAUUACAGAAGAGUUCAAGGGACUGGGGUUUUCAGAUAAAACUCAGAGAAAUUCCAACUGCUGCUGUUGUGCUUGGUGUGAAUGUCACAGAUCAUGAUUCAAUAUUCCGAAGUCUAACAGAGGUCCUUCAGAAUACUGUCACACCAUAUGUAGUCUCACUGCAAGCUAAAGAUUGUCCAGAUAUGAAACAUUUUUUGCAAAAAUUGGUCUCACAGUUGAUGAAUUGCUGUGAGGAUGUAAAAUCCAAUGAGGAAGGAAGUGUUCAUGUCACCCAGAAAAGGACACAUUAUUCAAUGGAUUUGCUUUUUGAUUGGUACAAGACUGUCACACAGAAGGCCGAGCCAAAACUUCCAAGCAAAAAGAGGACUUCUUCUCACCAAUGGCAGUGUUCCCCUGUUGUGCUCGUCUUAAAGGACAUGGAAAGCUUCACCACUAAAGUGCUCCAGGACUUCAUCACAGUCAGCAGUCAACAUCUUCACGAAUUUCCACUCAUACUCAUUUUUGGUAUUGCCACAUCUCCUGUAAUCAUUCACCGGUUGCUUCCUCAUGCAAUAUCAUCUCUUUUAUGUAUAGAACUGUUCCAGACAUUAUCUUGCAAGGAGCACCUGUCUUCAGUACUUGAUAAGGUACUUCUUACAACUCAAUUUCCCUUUAAAAUAAGUGAAAAAGUGUUGCAAGUUCUGACCAAUAUCUUUUUGUAUCAUGAUUUCUCAAUUCAAAACUUCAUCAAAGGCCUUCAGCUUUCUCUAUUAGAGCAUUUUUAUUCUCAGCCCUUGAGUGUUCUUUGCUGUGAUCUCCCAGAAGCCAAAAAAAGAAUAAAUUUUUUAUCAGCUAAUCAGUGUGAAAACAUUCUACGUCUCCCUUCAUUUCAGAGGCAUGUGGAAAAGCAAACACCAGAAAAGCAAGUUGCACUCUUGACCAAUGAGAGAUCUUUGAAGGAGGAAGCACAAUCAUUACUAGAAAACCUGCAUACUUACCAUGUAAAUUACUUCCUGGCUUUGAAAUGUCUUCAUAACUUUACCUCUUCUCUUCCUAAGUACCCACUGGGGCGACAGAUCAGAGAGUUGUACUGUGCGUGUUUAGAAAGGAACAUACGGCAUUCAAAGGAGUAUGCAUCGGCCUUACAGCUACUGAGGAUGUUGGCAAAAGAUGAACUGAUGACCAUGCUUCAGAAAUGUUCCAGUGUUUUUAAGUCCUCUUCUGAAAAUCAGCUUGACAACACAGCAAAGAAAAUCGAGGAGUUCCUGGCCCAGUUUGAGAGCCUUGAUGCAGAUGUCAAGGAGGAAGAAGACAGUUCUGGGUCACAGGCAAAGGGACUUCAGAAGACAGACCUCUAUCAUCUUCAGAAGUCCCUCCUGGAAAUGAAGGAGUUAAGAAGAACAAAUAAGAAGCAAACCAGGUUUGAAGCACUCAGAGAAAAGGUUGUGGACUUCAUUGACUGUCUGGUGAGAGAUUAUCUUUUGCCUCCAGAGACACAGCCUUUGCAUGAGGUGGUUUAUUUCAGUGCUGCCAACACCCUUCGUGAACACUUAAAUGCUGCUCCACGAAUAGCCCUCCAUACUGCACUCAACAAUCCUUACUAUUAUCUCAAGAAUGAAGCCCUGAAAAGUGAAGAAGGCUGCAUUCCCAAUAUUGCCCCAGACAUCUGCAUAGCAUAUAAGUUGCACCUGGAAUGCAGCAGGCUAAUCAACCUUGUGGACUGGUCAGAGGCUUUUGCAACAGUUGUCACAGCUGCUGAAAAUAUAGAUGCAAAGUCUACACCUUCUGAAGAAAUGAGUGAAAUUAUCCAUGCUCGGUUUAUCAGAGCCGUUUCUGAACUGGAACUUUUAGGAUUUAUAAAACCAACCAAACAGAAGACUGAUCAUGUUGCACGACUAACAUGGGGAGGCUGCUAGAAAGAAAAUUAUUGGAUUACACUGCACUAGAAAAGACACGGCUAACCCAAACAGGUGUAAGUCAUUUUCAGAGUAGUUUAGAAUCCAACAAUGAUUACAUUUUAACUAAGAUUUCCUACAGGUUAUAUUAAUUACUAUACUAAGUCAUUACUACGUUAUAAAUAAGCCAUUCUUAAACAUAGUAUAUAAAUGUACUAAAUUCCUUUAUCCAGGAAUAAAUUAUUUGCAAUUGGCUCAGCAAUACUCAUUCCUCUCUUUAGUAUGUAUACAGUAACAAAAAAGCUUUCUCCUGGCUAUUACCUAACAUCCUAAAUUACCCAUCUCCUGUGUAAUGGCCGUAUAUGUUCUACUUCUGGAUAACCCAUCAUGGAGUCUUAAGAGUCUACAAGGCCUGGGCCCGGCACAGUGGCCUAGCAGCUGAAGUCUUCACCUUGAACAU